AUGGAGCAGAAACAUUGUUUUUCGUGUGGAAGUGAGUCGUCGUCGUCCGGUUCAAACACCUUGUCCGAGGGGGAAGAAAUGUCGCCUGUGGUGCACAUCAAAGUUUCUGCAGAUGAUGGACACAACUCGGACUCGGAAAGUGUCCUCGAGGAAGAGGACGACGACAACGACACUCCGACAAUGGAUGAAGAAAGUGAAGACGAAGACGAAAAGUUGGACGACAUCCAUUACCCUCCCUCCACAUACCUCAGGAAGUCCAGUGACCCAGAGUUGUCUCAUGGAUUGAAUUCUGCUCUCAAAUUUAAACUACACCUCAAUGAGGAUGGAAAAUACCUUCGAAGGAGGAGCCUAGGGGGUGGCCUCACAGGAAAGUACCUCCUGCUGCCCACCGCUCCCCAGCAGACACACACCGCAUCGGAGACCUCUAACCUGGUUCGCAUGAGUUCCCUGUACCUCGGGAAGUCAGACCCCUCCCUCACCUCCAGCCUGAAAGAGCUGAGUCUUCCACGAAGAGGCAGUUUCCUAACACCCCGAAGCUUGAGUCCCACUCCCACUAGCCCCUGCAGUCCGUGCAGUCCGCUGCACGCAUUUCAUUUUUGGAGCUGCAGAACGAGCAACAGAAAAAGCCUGAUAGGAAGCGGUCAGUCUACAGGUUUACCCCGACCUCACUCGCCUCUCUCGUCUCUAACGGGAACAAGCCCACAAGACAGUCCUAGAAAUUUCUCUCCUAGUGCCUCGGCCCAUUUCUCCUUUGCACGAAGUCAUUGCCACAGAGCAGACAGGACUGAUGGUCGCCGCUGGUCGCUGGCCUCCCUUCCCUCCUCUGGAUAUGGAACCAACACGCCCAGCUCCACCGUCUCUUCAUCCUGUUCAUCACAGGAGAAGCUGCACCAACUGCCCUUCCAGCCUACGCCUGAUGAACUGCACUUCCUCUCUAAGCAUUUCUGCACAGAGAGCGUCUCUGGGGAUGAGUGCCGCAGAGCCUCGGCUCAGAUGCGACCGCGAUCACGCAGUCUCAGCCCUGGAAGAUCUCCUUCAUGCUACGACCAUGAGAUUAUCAUGAUGAACCACGUCUACAAGGAGCGAUUUCCCAGAGCCACCGCUCAGAUGGAGGAAAGGAUUCAAGACAUCAUCCGAAGCAACUCUCCGGAGAGCGUCCUCCCUUUGGCCGAUGGUGUGCUCGGCUUUGCCCACCACCAGAUUAUUGAGCUGGCCCGUGACUGUCUGGAGAAGAGCCGGCAAGGACUCAUCACCUCCAGCUACUUCUGCGAGCUCACUGACAAGCUGGAGAGGCUGGUUCAGGAGUCAACAGAGAGAUCGGAGAGUGACGAGGUAAACUUCAUCAAAGAGCUGGUGAAGAAGAUCCUCAUCAUCAUAGCCCGACCUGCUCGACUGCUGGAAUGUCUGGAAUUUGACCCAGAGGAAUUUUACCACCUUUUGGAGGCUGCUGAAGGGCACGCUAAAGAGGGCCAGGGCAUCAAAACAGACAUUCCACGUUACAUCAUCAGCCAGCUGGGACUCACAAGAGAUCCUCUGGAAGAAAUAGCUCAGCUAACCAGCUGUGACAGCGGGAUUGCAGAAACACCAGAAACAGACGAUUCUUCUCAGAGCCUCAGCACAGCCCUGCGGUGUCGGCGUAAACCCUGUGAACUAGACUUUGAGAUGAAAAAACUCAUCAGCAAUGGUGCCUAUGGUGCUGUUUAUCUGGUUCGCCACAAGGAAACGAAGCAGCGGUUUGCCAUGAAGAAGAUCAACAAGCAGAACCUGAUUUUGAGGAAUCAGAUACAACAGGCCUUUGUGGAGCGAGACAUACUUACCUUUGCAGAGAACCCUUUUGUGGUGUCCAUGUACUGCUCCUUUGAGACCCGGCGGCACCUGUGCAUGGUCAUGGAGUAUGUUGAAGGUGGAGACUGUGCCACUCUUCUGAAGAACAUGGGUCCUCUGCCUGUGGACAUGGCCAGGAUGUAUUUUGCAGAGACGGUGCUGGCACUGGAGUAUCUCCACAACUAUGGCAUCGUCCACAGAGACCUCAAACCAGACAAUUUGCUGGUCACAUCAAUGGGACACAUUAAACUGACAGAUUUUGGGUUGUCCAAAGUCGGGCUGAUGAGCAUGACCACUAACCUGUAUGAGGGACAUAUAGAGAAAGACGCCAGGGAGUUCUCUGAUAAGCAGGUCUGUGGAACGCCUGAGUAUAUUGCACCGGAGGUGAUCCUGAGACAGGGCUACGGGAAGCCGGUGGACUGGUGGGCGAUGGGCAUCAUCCUCUACGAGUUCCUGGUGGGCUGCGUGCCUUUCUUUGGAGACACACCGGAGGCGCUGUUCGGACAGGUCAUCAGUGAUGAGAUCAACUGGCCUGAGGGAGACGAUGCCCCCCCGCCUGACUCUCAGGAGCUCAUCACCUUGCUCCUCCGACAGAACCCUCUGGACCGGAUGGGCGCAGGUGGAGCUGCAGAAGUAAAGCAGAAUACGUUUUUCAAUGACCUGGACUGGAACAGCCUGCUGAGGCAGAAGGCAGAGUUUAUUCCUCAGCUGGAGUCUGAGGAUGACACCAGCUACUUCGACACUCGCUCUGAGAGGUACCAUCACCUAGAGACAGAAGAGGACGAUACAAACGAUGAAGACUUCAAUGUGGAGCUGCGCCAGUUCUCCUCUUGUUCGCACCGAUUCUCCAAGGUUUACAGCAGCCUGGAUUUGUCCCGUGGGCUCCUGGAGGAGAAGGGAGAGACGGAGGGGAAGAAGAGUGAGAGCCCACUGACUGUCGACUCUCUCAGCUGGACACCAGAUUUUGCUGAAAUGCCCUCACUCUCCCACUCCACAGACAGUCUGAAUCCGGGUCUUCGCCCCAACGUGUUGCCAAAGUUUGCCAUCUCAGCAGAGAGUGAAGCAGACGAGACCUCCGGCCUCGGUGACCCCAGCAAGAGCUCCAUCUCCAUCGGAGAGCUCCCGCAGGACGAGCCGGACGCUACCACUCCAGGCAGCACUCACAGUGGAGCCACGCUCUCUGGAAGUUUCUCAGAACAUCUGGACCAGUUGACCCCCAGAGGUGAGGGGUUGCAGAGCCCCGACAGUACCAGCCAUGCCUCCGCAGACCAUGGGCCUCAGAACAACUCUCUGCGACCUGAGAGCGCUGCAGAGAAGACCGGCGCUGUGGCAAAAGUCCCAAAGUCUGUCUCAACCGGUGCCCUUUCCCUCAUGAUCCCCGGGGAUACCUUCGGGGUCUCUCCUCUGGCCAGCCCCCUCUCCCCGUACUCCCUCUCCUCAGACCCUUCCUCCAGAGACUCCUCUCCAAGCCGAGAAACCUCCCACCUUACGGCCAACCCGCGGCAGCCCGUCGUCAUCCACAGCUCAGGGAAGAAAUUCGGCUUCACACUGAGGGCCAUUCGGGUGUAUUCGUGUGACGGGGACAUCUACACUGUCUACCACAUGGUCUGGAAUGUAGAAGAUGGCGGGUCUGCACAUAAAGCAGGACUCAAAGCUGGAGACCUCAUCACUCAUGUGAACGGAGAACCAGUUCACGGCCUCGUCCACACUGAAGUGGUGGAGCUCCUGCUCAAGAGUGGUAGCAAAGUGACCAUCUCCACUACCCCCUUUGAAAAUACUUCAAUCAAAACUGGUCCAGCCCAGAGGAACAGCUACAGGAGCAAAAUGGUGAGAUGUUCCAAGAAGCCCAAGAAGGAGAAGACACCAGAAAGGCGCCGCUCCCUCUUCAGGCGUUUUGCCAUGCAGCCCUCUCCUCUGCUGCACACAAGCCGCAGUUUCACCUCCCUCAACCACUCUCUGUCAUCUGGUGGCAACUCCUCCCAGAGCAGCUCUCCCAGCUCCAGUGCUCCGAACUCCCCCGCGGGGUCCGGGCACAUCCGUCCCAGCACCCUCCACGGCCUCGCCCCCAAACUCCCGGUUCAAAGGCUUCGUCAGGGGCGCCGCAAGUCAGCCGGCAGCAUCCCCCUUUCCCCUUUGGCUCGCACACCUUCACCUACACCUCAACCAACAUCCCCUCAGCGCUCUCCCUCUCCCCUCCUCACUGGUCACCCUGUUGCCAUUUCCAAAUCAAACCAAGCCUUCCCAGCCAAGAUACAUUCCCCACCCACAAUUGUACGACAUAUUGUGCGGCCAAAAAGUGCAGAGCCGCCUCGCUCUCCGCUGCUAAAACGUGUCCAGUCGGAGGAGAAGCUAUCCCCCUCUUACUCCGGAGAUAAGAAGCAUCUAUGCCCCAGAAAACACAGCCUGGAGGUGACCCAAGAGGAGGUGCCGGAUGAGGAGCAGAGGCCCGGGGAGAGGGAUUACACCGUCCUGCAGAGUGUGGAGGAAACAGCCAGUGAGCCUCUGUCUAGCACCCGUGUUCGACCUGUGGAGCAGGGCUGCUUAAAGAGGCCCGCCGGACGCAAGGUGGGUCGGCAGGAGUCUCUUGAAGAGCUCGACAAGGAGAAGCUGAAGUCCAAGAUGGUUGCAAAGAGACAGGAUUGGUCAGAAAGGAGGGAGUCUCUUCAGAAGCAGGACGCUCUGUGUGAUUCUGACUCAUCCCAGUGGUGCGGUGAUGACAGGGAGGAGAGUUUUUUGGUCCGAAGCCACAACAAAACCCAGAGCAGCCCGGACUCUGGCCCUCUGGAGGUCAAAGCUGCUAGUACAACCUUAAAAGAUGUGCUGUAUAAAAAACUCAACACACGUGUCUCUGAGGGCCACGCUGAAACAUCCAACGGCUGUGGUGACACUGACGGAGGACACAGAUCAACUCUCUGCUCGAUUCACCCCGAGUGGCAGCAUCCCAGGCAGGGUAAAGACAACAUGAAGCCGGACAGACUGGACUUCAAAGCUCCCAAUAUGGAGUUCACCAGGAAGAGGCUGUCGUUUGAGGACAGAGAGGACUGCAUGUGUCGGUUGUCCUCCGGCCUCCAUGAGAACCUGCACUUUGGCUCCACCAGGUCCAAGAGCCUCCAGCUGGACACGGCCAUGUGUCAUGAACACAUGAAGGCGGGACUAGGAAGUGUCCACUCCAGCCCUGAAUGCCUGUCCCCUAAGCUUUUCUCCGGCAGAGGGGAGAGCGCCGUGGAAAAGCUCCAGCUCAUCUCGGCAGAGUCUCCACUUCGAAAGACAUCGUCUGAAUACAAACUUGAAGGACGCCACGUCUCCUCUCUCAAACCUCUGGAGGGCACUCUGGAUAUCGGGCUGCUCUCAGGGCCCAGAGUCUCGAAAACAGAAAACUGUUUAUCCAAGAUGGCGGAGAACUCAAGCGAGACUGUUUCUUUGAGUCCAAUUUGGCUCCAGACCCCUGCAGAAAGACAAAUAAAAGUCCCCCAACUGAAAACUACUGAUAAGCUCAAGAGCCCCCUGGCUUGUUCCACAAGUCCUGAAGCUGUUUCUUCUCUAAACAGCAUAGUCGCCUCCAAAGAUCAGUCAAAGAAGGCAGCCACAGAGGUGAACAUCAGUGCAAGUUGGGAGAAAACACAGGAAAGAAACAGUGAACCACUUAAGGCUCAAACCAGCCAAAUGGAGGCCUCAAGUUUUCCUUUUAAACCAGAGAGCAAGACAGGUAUGAAGUCCAGUUUACCGCCUCAUGAACACAGAGGCCCUCGACACAGCUCCCACUUCUCCUCCUGUGGAAAAACACCCUCCAUACGGGAAGUCAGCAAUGAAGAUCAGGAGGAUGAAGCAGAGCAGGAGGAAGUCACACCACACACUACAUCACAACACACCGACAGCUCCAGGACACUGCUCCCUUUGACUUCAGCAAAGCCGGAGGAAGACAUCAAAACUGUGAAGACUCCGGCCAGUGAACCGUUACCUGUGUCGCUGAAGCAGAGUAUAAACUGUGGUUUGGAUACAGGUCAGCGUCCGAGCUGCGAGAAAAACACACCUAUUGCGCAGAGCUCAAACAUGGCCUCUGCGUCUGAGGUGAAUGUACAGAACAGCUCUCGCCUCCCAGAGAAUGUGCUUUCACAACGGCAGCCAUUGAACAUCUGCUUUUCAAAUAGAGAAGCGCAGGUUUCUAUCACAACAUCUGGUUCUGUGAAGGACGAUAAAACGUGCAGUUCUAAAUUAGAAGGUCAGGACUGCAAGGGAAGAUCUGUGAGCCAGGACGGUGUCCAAUAUAACAGAUCAGCUGUUAAAGAGCUUGGGGGAAAAGGCACUUCAGGUUUGAGUAAGGUCAACACAUGCGUUGGAGUUGCAAAAGUGGAGCAGAAGAGAGAAGUUAGUACAGUAAAGGCAGUCCCCUCAUUACAUCAUGUUACAAAGAGUGUUAAUGCUGUAGAGAGUAGUAGCAUGUUGCUGCAGAAAAAAGAGAAUCCCAUCUCACCAAAGAAUAAAGGCAAUGUGAAAGAUUUAGAACCACCAUCCAAAAGCUGUCCGGCUGAAAGAGCACAACACAAAUCAUCAGAUUCGGAAAACUGCACCUCUAAAAAAGAAGAAACGGUUAUCAGUGUAAAAGAAAACGCCACAAAACUCAAAUCCCCGGCAAAUGAAAAUGUUUUGAUUCCCAAGAGUAAGUCCAGGCCUGACCCGCAGCCUGCACGGCACACCGCUGUGAAGACAGACACAACAACACUGGAAGGGAAACAUCACAGCACAGCUCCUCCUGCUCCAGCACUCAGGGGCAGUCAACACUCAAAACAGAGAGAUGUGUCUAAAGAAUCUGCGCUCUCCACUUCAAACAAUCAAGUAACUCAUAAACAGAAAGAAGCCGCGGUGCCAAGCAAGCAGGAAGAAUCGGUGCAGCUGUCUCCAGCGGUUGUUGACGUGAAGCAAAAAGAAACCCAGCCCAAAAGCUCUGCAGCAAAAGAGAUCUCAGAAUCAAAGCCAAAAUCUCCCCCUUCUAAAACUCUCCCUUCAUUGUUAGCUCUAAAGACCUCCGUAGCUCCACCACCAGUUAUUAAACAAAGUCUUGAUGCCAAACACAAAGACCCCUCACCCAAAAAACAAGCUUCAGCCGUUAGACACCAUCAUGGCGCCAAAGCAAAAGAAGUAGCUUCCCCUCUUUCUCAGCUGCCGUCAGAAGUUCCCUCCCAGCCUGAUCCACCACCAGUGCUGCCCAAACCUGCAGUGAGGAAAGAAAUGCUGAUCAGUGGAGGCAGGGUCUCCAUCUGUGCCCCCCAGGAAAGUGCCAUCAAGGUAUCAAGAGAAGGCCCCAAGUCUGAAACGCUCAAACCGGACAGUCCUAAGGGCCCGGAUACCAGAAACACCACCCCUGAGAAACUGGGGCCCUCCAGCAAAAAGGAGCAGGCUGAGAGGAAGAAAAAAGAGACGGUUCAAGAGUCUGCGCAGAAAAACUGGAAAAGAGACACAGGCAGGAAGCAGCAGAAGGAGUCGCCACCUCAUUCUAAUAACAACAAAUAAAAGAGGGACGUUAAAAUAGCAGCCGCUUCAGAAAAUCUAGAUGUAAUAAAAAGUUAGAAAGAGGUUUGUGCGAACAUCAUCAUGCCUUCUUUUGUUUUGAGGACCGGGUAAGCUGUUACACGUGGAUAGAGUGGUCGGUGUGUUUGUGUGUGUUUUAAGAACACACGCGUGUACAUGUCUCUGGGUCUGAAUGUAGGCAGUCAUUGCUGGUGUAAUACUUUUCACGUCAAGUUUUGUUUCUGCUUUGUGCAGUCGGUAUGUCGGGGGCAGCAGGGAAGAGCCGUAGAAAGGUCGUACUGUAAAGUCAGUGCCAUACAUGAUUUUUGAAUUGCACUCUUACUUCUAGACUCAGAUGAUCUGAGCUCGUAUAGUAUACCACACCAUUUGCUCAGCAGUUGUAUCACGAUUGUUUCUGUUUGUAUAAUCCAAAUCUUUUCAUGUCUGUUUUUUGUGCAGUGGUACACAGAGGGGAAUGCACUAUAUCCUGUGCUUCUCACUUAAUGAUAGAUUAGUGAAGAGGCCUUAAAAUGAUGGGAAAUAAAAGACUUGCUGUUCUUAGCAAGGUGUGGUGUUAAUUCACAUUCCUCUGACGUGUGUACAUAUAUUUUUGAUUUGUAUGCAAUAUGAUGUAGAUAUGAUAACACUGUAAAACUGGGAUUCAUGGGCUUAACAUGAUUGUCGUUUGUAUUAUAUGUAUAGAUUUUGCUGUGUCAUUUGUUUGUAUGCUCGAUAUUAGAGUAUCUGCUCGAUAACUCUUUGGUCUAAAGUAAGCUAUUGUGAUGUAUCUUGUCAAAGGCAUCCUUUUCUCUGUGACAUGUUCCACAAUGAACUUGAGGAUAGAGAAUAAAAGUCAUGAGGGGGUUACUGAGCUAUUUCUAAAAAUGUAGCAUUAUAAAAGAAAUCUGAGGCUGUCAGCUUUUCCCAAGAAUGUUUUUAAUGUUGAUGAAGUGUUUGCUGGCUGACUAAGGUUUAAAACGUGUACAAAUAUGGAACAUUGUGUUUGAUUAAUGAGAUUAUCCAGAUCUUCUAUUUGCCAAUCAUUACUGCAGUGGGUUUCUGAAGGCGGUGGGCUUCAGCGGAGUGACAUUAAGAUAACUCUUGAGUCAGACACCAGUUCACACACAGAGCGUCAGGGUAUCACAGGAUGUCAGUGUCCCGUUUGAGCCUCAGUGUUGUUAAAGUAGUGUGAGUGUUUUGAUGUUUCAAAGGACUCUAUAAUGAGCAGCAUCUGGCUUCACCUGGGUAACGGUAUCAUAAGAGGAAUCCUGAUUAUUGCAUAGCUCAUGUCCACAACAGUCAUUUGAUCUUAAAUACUUGGUACUUUGAUACAUACAGUACAGGCUGUCAUUUAUUCACAAUCACUUUCUUACAUUUACAUACACACCUAAACACUUUUUUAUACUUUAGACGCCUUUCAAUUGUAAACACUAAAUAAGAAUAUAAAGGUAACCUAGGACACUAAAGUGUGUAAUGCAUUAUUUUCUCUGUUGUGCAGGCUAUGUAAAGAAUAAUUAUCCUCUCUACUUCAAAUACUACGAGUCAAACAUGUCACAGAAUAUAGUUGAUGUGCUACACUGAAUCCCAGAGUUAACCUGAAGCACGAGAGAUUGGUUGAAGAGAUUUUAAUGUUAAACGGGUCUGAUGCUACCUGCAUUAGAUAUUGUUAAUGUAUUUCUCAUGUGAUGUGAGAGAACAAAUGCACCUUAAUGUUUACCAAUAUCCAGUUCAAAGGGUGAGAAGCAAAGUGAAAUUAAAGCUGAACAUGGUUUAUGGAUUCCCUUCUCGUCCUCACUUCAGAUUUCAAAUAAAUCACUGCAUUUUAUUUGUUUCUUCCCCCACUCUUUUUCCUGUGACGACUGACAUUAAAACCCUCAAAGCACAUUCAAUGUUUGUUUACAAAGCAUCAUGGAUGUAUAUUUUGUAUAUUGUUGAUUUGCCAAAUGUGUGUUCUGUGUCAGAGAUAAUGUUGUCUAUAGUAGUGUGAGACUUGUGUAAUAAGAACAUUUGUUUGUGCUGUAAUCAAUGUGUUUUCAUGUCAGGUUCUUCUCUUCUCUGCUUGUCUUUUCCGUUUCCUUUUUCUUCCCCCUGUACUAGUAUUAGAUAAACUUGCUUACGAUGGUUUGUCUUUUAGAAAUAUGUGCAAUAAAAGUGUUUUGAGUUUUGUAUUUUGCCCAAGGAAAGCUCUAUGGAUGUCAUAGAUGUUGUAUAUUAAAACAGAUAUUUAUACUUCUAAUGUUGCGUAAUACUGAAAAUAAAAUGGGAAUUAUACAUUAA